ACAUCACAAGAUGGCGGAUUUUAUGGAAGAGGAGAAAAAAGUGCAAUAUUUUCCAGAAGGAAGUCUGUUAAAUACAAUGAUCAUAUCGAUUAUUGACUCAGAGAAACGUUUCACUGAUAUUUUGAAGGAACCGUACACUGUUUACCUCAUAGAGACUAAGUACAUUGAUGGGGGUCCUCCUGCUGGAGAGCCUGAUAUGUCAUCCUCCAUAUGGAGAAGAUACAGUGAAUUUGAGCUGUUGAGAAAUUAUCUCAUAGCAAAUUUCCCUGCAUUGAUUGUUCCCCCUUUGCCAGAAAAAAGGAUCAACAUUGCAGCCCUUCGUAUUGCUGCAGAUAAGUUUGAUCCAGAUUUUAUUGAGAAGAGAAAGGUUGCACUCGAGAGUUUUUUAUUAAGAUGUGGGGCUCAUCCCCAACUUUCCCAGGACCUCUCAUUUAUUUCAUUUUUCAAUCAGGAAGAGGGAUGGAAAGAAGCUCUGCUGGCAACAAAUUUUCAGAGCAAGGUUGACUCGAGACUAAAGAGUUGGAGUGCUUCUCCUAAAGAACCAGACAGGAGAUUUGAAGACAUGAAACACUAUGCUGAAAAUCUAGGAAGUAACGUUGGGGCUAUGAUAAAAGUCAGACAGCGUAUUUCAGAUACAAUAUUUUCCAUCCACAAACAACAUGCUACCUAUGGAAAGACUUUUAGUGAGUGGAGUUCAUUGGAGAAAGAGAUGGGUGAUGAUCUACAAAAAUCUGGCCAUUACAUGGACAGAUUUUCAGCAUCUGUUGAUGAAGCACUUAAUGAAGAUGAAAUGGCAUUCGCAGAACCACUCAAGGAAUAUCUACACUUCUCUGAUGUGUUAAAAGGUGUAGCAAGUCGGCAGCUUCUUCGUCACUAUGACAUGGAAAAGGCGGAAGAGACUUUGAAUAAUAAGAAAACACAGAGAGAUGAUUUAAAUGCUCAAAAGGAAGCCUUACAAAGUGGACAGACCCCGCCCAAGUCAGGAGGAUUUUCAUUCAAGGGAUUGUCAUCCAUGAUUUUUGGUGCUGAGACUCCAGAAGUGUUAGAGACCAAGAUAAACAAUUUGGAUGAACAAAUAAAUGAUGCUGAGGAAAAUGUGAAAACCACAAAGGAGGAAGUUAGAAUAUUCAAUGAGGAAGCACUAAAAGACUAUGAACGCUUCAAAAAACAAGAAGUAAGAGAUUUGAAGGAAGUGUUAGCAGCACAUAUCAAGACUCAAAUAAUGAUAUGCAAAUUGGGGAUAUCUACAUGGCAAGAUAUGAAAGAGACAGCAAAGACUUUGUAACAAUGAAUCAUCAGUAGUUGAUAAAAUGGAAUUUUAAGAAUACAAAACUGACUAGAAAUGUAUUUUUUGCAAGAUAUGAAUUAAUCAUCUUUUGGUAGUGCAUAACUGUAAAAUGAAGGAAGAUCUCACCACAUUGGCUAUUACUAGAGUAGGAGAAAAUUUCCAUCAAGUUUGUCUGAAAAAAUAAUGUGGACUGGUAAUUUUUCAACAUCAAUCAAACACAUAGCACCACACGAACUAAUGAUAAUGAGAGGGGGAGGGGGAGGGGGAAAAUAUCUCUAUUAUAAUAUUUGUUAUUUGCUAGAUACACUUGGCUUUUUGUGUUGUGCUCCAGUGAAGCCUACUCUGGGGUAACAUCACUUAAUUGCAAAAUCAUAUUUGAGUUCUUUCAAUCAUAACUGGUGAUCAUAAUUACAGUUGAUCAUUUGUAAAUAAGUUCAAAAAGAAUAUAUGUAGAAUAGAAACACAUCUAAAGCUCCAAUUUCUUUCUUUUCUCUGAUUUUUGAACAAAGGAUAAUGUGGAUUACUGAGUUGGACCCAAAUUAUUCUAUUAUAAUCCUCAAAUGAAAAACCAACUUAUUCAGAUUAAGUAUGGCAUCUAUUGGAUGGCAGUGGUUAAUGGCAAUUUAACUUCCAUUUGCUGCAGUUAGUCAAGUGCCAAGUUGACACAAGUAUCUAUGGUAUUUGAGGAAACAAAGAUCUCUAGGCUUGUAUAGUUUCAAGGAGAGGAUCAAUCUCAUACGGCUUGUCGAUAUGGCCAUCUCUCUCACUAUUCCAAACAUACCCUUUUUUUUACAGUGGGUAGAAUAAAAAGGCAAGCUGUGUUCACAGCCAGAACUCCAAUACUGUGGAACACUGUUAUGACUAAUGGGCAUCUGUAAUACUUAUUUGUGUGCCUUUACAAUUUGUUCUGUUGAGUUUUGUGGCAGUCAAAUGAACUAAGUACAGUAAAACUUUUCAUGAGAUCCUCAA